UCCCCCCGGCCCCCCUCCUCGCUCUCUCUCUCUCUCAGCGCAGAGAUGGCGGCGGGACGGCAGCAGCUGGCCUUAUUCAGCGUCUCAGACAAGACUGGCCUGGUAGAGUUUGCACGAUGUCUCAGUUCUUUGGGUUUGUCCCUCGUUGCCUCUGGAGGGACCGCGAAAGCCCUUCGGGAUGCAGGCCUGAAUGUCAGAGAUGUUUCCGAUCUGACUGGAUUUCCAGAAAUGUUAGGAGGGCGUGUGAAGACACUCCAUCCUGCUGUCCAUGCUGGAAUACUGGCUCGGGACAUUCCACAAGAUACUGCUGACAUGGAUAAAAUGAAUUUCAACCAUGUGAGAGUUGUGGUUUGCAACCUCUACCCCUUUGUCAAGACUGUAGAGUCCCCAAACGUCACUGUCCAGGAGGCAGUGGAACAGAUUGACAUAGGAGGUGUGGCUUUACUGAGAGCAGCUGCGAAAAACCAUGCCCGGGUGACUGUUGUGUGUGACCCUGGAGACUACACCGUCAUAGCAAAGGAAAUGAAAGCACUAAGUAAUAAAGAUACCACGCAGGAAACCCGCCGCCAGCUGGCACUCAAGGCUUUCACUCAUACGGCUCAGUACGACAUGGCCAUCUCCGAUUACUUCCGGAAAGAGCACAGCAAAGGAGUGUCUCAGCUUCCCCUGAGGUAUGGCAUGAAUCCACACCAGACUCCUGCGCAGCUCUACACACUGAGGCCUCAACUUCCCCUUUCAGUGCUGAACGGCUCUCCAGGGUUUAUCAACUUGUGUGAUGCUCUGAAUGCCUGGCAGCUGGUCAGGGAGCUCAAAAAGGCCUCGGGGAUCCCAGCCGCAACGUCAUUCAAACACGUCAGUCCAGCAGGUGCGGCUGUUGGAGUACCACUCAGUGAAGAAGAGGCUCAAGUCUGUAUGGUGCACGACUUCUUCACGACCCUAACCCCCUUGGCAAGUGCAUACGCACGGGCAAGAGGUGCUGACAGAAUGUCGUCUUUUGGUGACUUCAUUGCGCUCUCUGAUAUCUGUGAUGUCCCCACAGCAAAGAUCAUUUCCAGAGAGGUAUCAGAUGGAAUUGUGGCUCCUGGCUAUGAGGAAGAAGCCCUCAAAAUCCUAUCCAAAAAGAAAAAUGGAGGUUACUGCGUACUCCAGAUGGACCCAACUUAUGAGCCAGAAGAAAAUGAAAUCCGCACCCUCUUUGGACUGCAUCUGAUGCAAAAGAGGAACAAUGGUGUGAUCGACCGGGCACUGUUCAAAAACAUUGUUACUAAAAAUAAAAAUCUGCCCGAGCCAGCUAUCCGGGAUCUGAUUGUUGCCAGCAUCGCGGUUAAAUACACUCAGUCUAACUCUGUGUGUUACGCCAAGAAUGGGCAGGUGGUCGGCAUCGGGGCCGGGCAGCAGUCCCGAAUACAUUGCACCCGCUUGGCUGGAGACAAGGCAAACCACUGGUGGCUGAGGCAUCAUCCCCGUGUGCUCUCCAUGAAGUUCAAAAGUGGAGUGAAAAGAGCCGAGAUCUCCAAUGCUAUCGACCAGUAUGUCACGGGAACGAUUGGCGAGGGUGAUGAUCUGUUCAAAUGGAAAGCCCUGUUUGAGGAAGUCCCUGCUCUGUUAACUGAGGCGGAGAAGAAGACGUGGAUUGCAAAGCUGAAUGGCGUCUCUCUCAGCUCGGAUGCAUUCUUUCCCUUUAGAGAUAAUGUGGACAGAGCAAAACAGAGCGGAGUCCAGUUCAUUGCUGCCCCUUCUGGUUCAGCUGCUGACCAAGUUGUGAUUGAAGCCUGUGAUGAGCUGGGAAUCACUCUGGUUCAUACCAACCUCCGUCUUUUCCAUCACUGAUGUGUCUAGAGAUGCAGAAGACAUUCCUCUCGGCUGAUUUGCCUGUGAAAACAGCAUCUUUUGUAACAAGGAAUUAAAAACCAAGCUACAGAGGCACAUUUUCCUUUAAAAUCUGCAUAAUGCUUAUUUCUCUGAGAAUACUAAGGCAAAAGUAGUUGGUCUCUGAAAAAGGCUGUCUUGAAAUGAAAAAUAAAUACAUAAAAAUUGUUCUGUCACAA